GACGUGGUGGAGGAAAUUGAAAACCAAAUACCAAUCUCCAUCAAGGAGGCUCUCUACAGGAAGGAAUUGAAAGAAAUGGUUCGAUCGAUCGAGCGAGAGAAGACGGGAGCCUCUCAAGAGGAGUCUAUUCCUCGAGAGGCUGUCGCUCGCGCGAGAGAAGAGAUCACUGCGCACACCUCUCAGGAAACUAUCCCCGAGGGAACUCUGACGGAAAGCUCGACGGAGAUUUUGCCUGAGACAACACGGUUCACCAACGAAUCAAUGACUGAGCGAACUGCGGUGGAAGAGUUCUCCGAGAGGACGGAACAGUUGGUCACAACGAUCGAGGAAUUGCCAAGGGGAACGGAAGAUGCUAGAAAGUCAAGGAGAGAGGAAGAAGCUAAGAGUUUGAUCGUUUCUCUGUCCAAGACGCUGGAGAAUGUUCAAAUGGAUAUAACGGGCAUUUUGGAAGAUUUCGAGGAACCCACAGCUGGAACUACCACGAUCCCUGUUUCCAUAUUGGCCAACUCGCUGGAGGAACUCAGAAGGACCGUCUCCGGUAUGAGAGUGAUGACAGUGAGUUACGGCAGAUCGGCAGACUCUUACGAAGAGAUAGUCGGCGAAACAAUUUCGGUGCUGGGGAAUCUCGCGCGACCUCUGAACGAUCUUCAGAAAGUUCUUCAACAGUCGCACCAGCACGGAGCUCAGGAGCUGGUGAUUCUGAACCAUUUGAUUCAACCGCUGGACUCGAUCGAAUCCGAGGUGAUCGACCACACGAUUCGGAAGCUCGAUGAAAAUUCGAACGUGAGGGAGAGUUGCCAGCCAAUUUUGAAUCUUCUCCGAGACGUCAGAGACACGAUACCGAUCGUCGUGAAGGAUAUUCACUCGAGGCAAGAGCUUCUCGGAUCGCUUCGCGAGAUCUCGAAACCGUUGGAGAACAUCGAGGAACGAAUGAAGAUCCUCGAGAGCGAAGCCGAGGAAACUCUAGAGACGGACGUUGCCAGAAUUCUGGUGAAGCCACUGGAACACUUGUUGAACACGAUAAAAGUGACGUCGCUGGAGCUCGAGGUGUUGGACCAACGCAGAGCGAUCGUGGUCGAACUUCGAACUCUGGUCGAGCCGCUGGUCGAGUUCCUGAGCAGCCUUUCGGUGGUACAGAGCAGCAGGAAGAGUUUGGUUCCAGAGGCGGCCCUGUUGGACGAAAGGCGAAGCGUUAUUUCAAAGUCUGUCGAAGGUUUGCAGAGGCAAGCCUCGAUCGUUUUGGAGAGGAUUUCCAACUUGGAAGGGGCGGCGUUGUUCGAGGGUGCGCUGAGCUCGCUGAAGAGCGCCAUCCUCUCCGUUCAGAAGCAAAUUGGCAGGACUGAUUACUCGAGAAGAUCCAGCUGCGUCGAGCUCACACUUCAGUACAACCUUUCGAGUUCGUUCAAUCAUUUGAGGAACACAAUCGCGACGUUGGACGAAAGCGUGGAGAAACCGAUUCACGAUGUCAUUGCCAAGUCGCUGGAAGCUUUGCAGAAGCAGAUUACCCUGUCGCAAACGCAUUUCAUGCAAACGAUCAACGAGCAACCGGUGGACGAAGAAGCGAUCGUGGAAGGAUUUUUGUAUCCGACUAAUCAGCUAAGGUCAGCUUUGAACAUGCUGAGAGAGAAGAUCGAUCAGAAAAUGAUACCAUCGAUUUCGGUUCGAUCCGUGACGCUUCUUCAGGCUCUGGCCAAUUCUACUAUGGAACUGGCUUCUUCCUUGUCCCUUCAUAAAGUUCGAUUGAUAAGAGAAGGAGCAUCCGAGGGUUCCUCGCUCGUCGAAACGUUGUCCGCCAUGGUGGACGUUUUGGAGAGUGUGAAGGAUUCGAUAAGGGAGAUUGAAAAGGUGGCGAGCGUUGCGACGGAGGAGAAAGGAGAGAAAAUUUCACCGGACGUUCCCAUUACCAUUACGCAGAUCGAAACGAUCGUGGACGAGAUUAUCGAGAUUUCAAAGGAGGAGGUGGAGAGUGUGCUGACUAUCGAGAAAGUGCCAUCUGAGAAAGAUGGAGUGAAGAUAGAGGAAAUAAAGUGUGAAGAGACGGUCGACGAGCUUCAGGAAAUGAAAGCGGAAAGAGUUGAAGAUAUCGAAGAGACGAUGGAAGAAAAAGUUGAAACUCUUCAAGAACUUCCACAAGAGAAGGUUGAAGAUCUUAAACUGACCAAAGAAGAAAAAAUUAAAGCUCUCGAAGUAACUGAAGAAGCAAAAACUGAAGCUCCUAAAGUAACAAGGAAAGAAACAAUUGAAUCGUCAGAAUUGAUGAAAGAAGAAAAAGUCGAAGCUCUUGAAGUAACUGUGGAAGAAAAAGUGAAAGCUCUUGAAAUAACCGAGGAAGGGAAAGCUGAAGCUGCGAAAGUAACGGGGAAAGAAACAGUGGAAUCUGUUGAAUUGAUAAAGGAAGAAAAUGUCGAAGCUCUCCAAGGAAUGAAAAAAGAAAAGGCAAAGGCUGUUGAAGCUUCUGAAGAAGAGAAACUGGAAACUCUCCAAAUAAAGGGAAAAGAAACGGUUGAAUCUACUGAACUGAUAAAAGAAGAAAAAGUUGAAGCACUUGAAGCAACGAAAGAAGAAGCAGCUAAUGCUCUUGAAGCAACUGUUGAAUCUCUUGAAUUAACAGAGCAGAAGAAAGUCGAAAGUGUAGGAAAAGUCGAAUCCAUUGACCUGAAAGAAGAAAAAACUGAGAAUCUUGAGACGAUGAAAGAAGAAAAAUUAGAAGCAGUGGUCGAAAUAACCAAAGAACUGUCUAAAACAGAGGAAAAAGUUGAAGUAUUAUCCGAAGAGUUAUCCGUGAAAGAAGAAAAAGUGGAAACUUCACCACAGACAGAAGAAAUAGCAAAGAUUGUUGAAAAAGUAGAAACUCCUUCUGGAAGAACUGAGAAAUUGGUAAAGGAAGAAAAACUUUUAUUAGCGAAAGCGGAAGAGACAGCUAUUGGAGACAAGAAGACGGUAUUGUCUGAAAAAGAAAUGGUAGCAGAAAAAUUAGAAGCAUCCACUGUCGAAGAAAUAACAACACAAGUGAUAGAACCAGAGAAAAAGCAAGACGAAAUUGAAACAAUAAUUGAGAAAGUAGAGGAAAGAAGAACUGAAAAAGAGGAAGCACUUGCACGAGUCGAAGAAGCAAAAAUAGAAGAAUCUAAAACAUCAGAAGAAUCAACGCAGAAGCAAGAAGCUAAAGAACAAGUAUCUGAAAAGGUAGAAGAGGCAUCAGAAACGGAGAAAAUCGCAGAAGAAUCUUCGAAGAAAACAAAAGAGGAAACCAGAGGUUCGAAAGAAGCAGCGAGACAAGAAGAGACGACUGAGGCCUUGUCUCAAAAAAUAGAAGACCUAGCGAAGUCAGAAGAGAAGGUAGAAGAAGAAAGGAAACAGACCACGAUCAAUCAGAUACAAAAAACCGCUUCAUCGAUCGAUACUUUGCAACAACCAUUCAAGGAAUUAACCAAUCUCGUGUCCACAGCACUAGACGAACCUCUUUUCUCAAAAUCCGAAGAGGAGAAACGAAGAAUCCGAGAACUAACAGCCCUAAUUCAAAUCCUCUACGACUUGAAAGCAACAAGCGCGUCUGUUCAAACUACGUUAUCCUCUUCCUCGCUCUCAGAACUCGAAACGCGAUUUCUUCGGCUGACUGAUUCUUUGAUAACCGUGGAUCAAGCUACAGAAAAGAUUCUUCGCUUGACUCAGAAAGAAUUGGCACCAGCGCUGAAGGAAAACGUAAUGGUGUCGCUGCAAAUACUUCUGGAACCUCUAGCGUCCCUUCAACGCGAGCUUUCUUCCAUCCAAGAUGCAACUGCUCAACUGUCCACGGACCACCUCUCGCUGCUGACGAACUCGCGAAAUGUCGACGAAGCGAUCUCAGAACUCGCGAGAGCAAUUCGCAAGACUGCCGAGACGAAGAGUAUGAAAGUGGUCGAGGAGAUGAAGGUGAUGGCGAAAUCGAAAGAGGAGAGUUCAGACAUCGAGGAAACCACGGCGAAGCCUCUCGAGGAACUCAUCGAGGUCCUCAUGGUUUCCCAGGAGAAAGUGAAACCAAAGGAUGCGCCCUCGGUAGAAUCGACUGAAUUGCAACAGAAAUUAACCAGCGACGACGAGACAAAAUUGGAAGCAGACCUCGUGAAGAAGAUAGUCAGUCCAAUAGAGAAUCUUCGCGAAGCGAUUGCGAAGAUCGAGCAAGAGAAACUGGAGGAGACUGAAGUGUUGCCUACGAAGAAGACAGCCACCGUCAUCUUGAGCACCAUUGUCCAUCCUUUGGAAGAACUGCAACAGUCUUUGAACGUCUCCUCGCAGCAGCAGACUGCAAGAACCGAAGAAAUUGCGGAAGAAACGAGAUCAAACGUUCCGUCUCGGCAGCGGUUGCCGGUAGCCGAUGUUUUCGAACAACUGAAGCGAUCCAUCGCCACGAUUCAAGAAGAUGUGAUCCUCGAAGCGAGCGAAGAGAUCAAGAGAUCGGAAGGCAAGGCGUUGAUCGUAAAAGAAAUGGAAGAAUCUCUGGAAAAUCUCAAAUUCUCUAUCGGCGCAGUGCAGAAGAUAGUAACGUCCGAAAGUGAAACAAUCGAGAAACUUUCUGACACAGAGAGGACAUCUGCAAUUGAAACGUUCGUUGAGUCUGUGAAGGAUUUGGGAGAGAAAUGCAUGGCGGUUGUCAGUCACCCUCCGGUGAAAAUAGAGUCGUCUGGAAGGAUUCAGAAGGAAGAGUUGAAGCAAGUUUUGGAAAUGAUGGCUCAGCCUAUGCGAGUGCUGCGCGAAACUGCUUCUGAGAUCGAAGAACGAGAAACCGAAGAGGUACAGGUUCUAGACGAGACGAGUAAGAUCGUGGCGGAAGCUUUGAAACCUCUGGUGCAUCCUCUGGAGGAACUGGAGCAAUUGCUAUGCACGGCGGUGCAAGAAGUUGACACGUCGAAGGAAGAGACGGUUGAAGAAGCAAGAAAGACUGCUUCGUCCACGGAGCAACUGAAGCUUAGUCCUGUUUUGGAAGAAUUGCAGAGAUCUAUCGUGACGAUAGAGGAACAGGUAGCUCUGCAGCCGAAGAAAUCGAGUGAAACGAUGGAAGCGUCUGUUGCCGAACUGAUAGAAAGUCCGCUGGAGAAUUUGAAAUCUGCAGUAGCAGCCAUUCAAACCGUCGAAAUGGAAGGGACGAAAGAAUUAACCGGUGCAGAGGAAACAACAAUUUUGAGAACGAUUGCCAAGUGCGUGGAAGAGAUAGCAAACGUGACUUCAGUUGCUUCUGCUCGGCAGAAAGUCGAGGUUAGCGUCUUGCAACAGCCACAAAUUGCCAAGAUGGACGUGCAAGAGUUUGGACGGCAAGCUCUGGAUGCUAUAACGAGUCCAAUUCAAGUUCUACGUGAGACCGUCUCCAAAAUUGACGAGCAACAGGCGCGAGAAGUCGAGGCUUCGAUUACGCCCGAAACGAAAGAAGUUGCCAACGUUUUACAUAGUUUGGUCGAACCUUUGGAACAGUUGGAGAAAUCUCUGUCAGUUGCUGUGCAAGAGACGAGCACGAUCAAAGAGGAGUCUGCUUCGGAAUUGAAAGACGUUCGAACUUCGGUAAAAUUGAAUGUCGAACCUGUUUUGGAACAAUUGGAGAAGUCUAUCGCUGUGAUUCAGGAACAGGUCUCGCUGGAAGCUGGUAAAGAAGAAUCGAGGGAUCGGUUGGAAACUUCUGUGACGAAAGCGAUAGAAGAACCUCUGAAACACUUGAGAUCCUCAGUAGCAGCUGUCAAGGAACUAGUAACGGAGACAGAGCAAACGAGUGAUUUGUCGGUCGUGGACAAGACUUCGAUCUUAAUGUCGUUCGCAAAGUCCGUGGAAGAAAUCGGCGAGAAGUGUUUGGCGGUGAUCUCUCAGCAGCAAGUUGGAACGCGGUUAAUUUCCAAGGAAUUGAAAGAAUCUCAAAUAGAGAUAUUGGAAAUGGCGGUCGCUCCUCUUCAGGUACUGAGAGAAACGAUUAAUAAACUAGGAGAAGAGAAAUUGCGACAGGCGGAAGCUCUCGAGUUGUCGAAGAUCUUGGUGGAGCCGCUAGAAAAAUUAGAGACUUCCUUGUCAUCCGCCGUUCGACAAACAGUCUCGACGAAACUCGAAGAAACUGAGGAGCACGUGUCUCAGGCAGCUCCGUCAGUGCAACGAUUGGACAUCAAACCUGUCGUGGAAGAACUUCAGAAAUGCGUGGCGACGGUGCAAGAACGAGUAAAACUGCAGUCGACGACAGAAGAGUCCGUUGAGAAGAGGACCUCUCUCGUGCAAGCUGCUGAGAAAUCACUGGAAGACUUGUAUUCGUCCCUUGCGAUCAUUCAGAGCGCGGUGUCCGCCGAACCGAGCGCGGAAGAAACGCUGUCAGAAGCGGAGAAGGUGACAGUGUUGCGGCAGUUCGCAAGUUCGGUGCAAGAACUGGAGGAAUGCUUGGCAGUGGUGAGCCAGCAAGAAGCAGAGCUAGAUGAGACGACGAUGGAAUUGAAAGUAGCUGAAAAACUGGAGGCACGAGUCCUCGAGGCGAUUAUCGCGCCGGUUCGCACGCUGCGCGAGACCAUUACGAAGUUACAGGAAGAGAGCGCCGAAGAAGUCGAAGCGUUAGAGCCAGGAGAUGUUGACACGCAGACGUUGACUCCCUUGAUGCAUCCAUUAGAACAGUUGGAAAGAUGUUUGGCGAACGUGGUUCAACAGGCGAGUAGCGAGAAGGUCGAAUCCGUGGAAGAAACGAAGAAGGAGACUAUCAUUCUGCCGAUUUUGCGAGAACUGAACGAGAGUAUCGUUAGCGUUGAAGAGCAACUAACUGCGUGUCUUGAAGAAUCUUCAAAAUUGGAGAUUGCGAGGAGUGUGAGCGAGGCGAUUGAAGAAUUGAAGACAUCCGCCAUUGCUGUCGAACGGGUAGUCACGCUUUCUUCGGAAGAGACUGAAGAAACGAAGACUGAGAAGACGUCUGUCUUGCAGGCUUUCGCCAAGUCGAUAGAACAGCUGGAAGAAAGGUGUUCAGCAGUUGCGAGUCAGAGAAAGGUGGAAAAGAAGUUGAAAGAUGCUGAGAAGCAGCAGGCAAAAAUGGUGGAUGUGGAAGUUCUUCAAAAGAUAAGUGAUGAAAUACGCGUACUUUGCGAAUCGUUUUCUGUGGUCGAAGAAGAGAAAAUGCAGCAGGCGAAGGAAUUGAAAAUAUCCGAAGAGCAGAUUUCAGGUGUGAAAUUGAACGUCCUCGUAGAACCGUUAAAUACAUUGCAGCGAGUUUUACAGGCUGCACUUGAAGAAGGUGAAACUGUAGAAGAAGAUACAACGAAAGAGUUGAAGAGAAACGAGAUUCCUCCCGAGAAAUUAAAUUUACAUCCUGUAUUGGAAGAAUUGAAGAGAUCUCUAGUCGUUGUUCAGCAACAAACGUGCGAGACUGCGUCGGUUUCGGCGGAAAUCGAUGAAAUUAGAUUGAUCAAGGCUGCCGAGGAGUCUCUGGAACGGAUGAAGCUGUCUGUCUCAGCUGUUCAGGAAAUGACAAUUCCUCGGCAAGACGAAACAAAGGAGUUGAAGACAGGCGAGGAGAAGUCUCGAUUGGAAGCUCUCGCACGAUCGAUAGAAGAAGCUGGAGAGAGACUGUUAGCCGUGGCGAAGCAGCGCGAAGCGAAGAAACCUGAAGAAAUUCCAACGAAGAAGAAAGUGGCCGACGAUUUUGUGAGAACUGUGAUCGAGCCUAUCAACGAGUUACAAACCGCCAUCUUGAGUAUAGACAAAGAGAGUGAAUUACUGGGAAAGAAGAGAGAACAAGAAGCUAUAGUACUGCUGAAGAUGAUACAGCCGCUGCACAAACUCGAGGAUUCGUUCCUAUCAGCCAUGCAGGAAGAGACAAUUACCGAGUACGAGACAGUCAAAGAAGUUUCUCAGGCAAUUCCAGCUCUGCAGCAACUGCCCGUUAAGUCGACGUUAGAGGAACUAAACGAGAACGUGGUAGAAAUUCAGAAGCAACUGGUCCUUGCGAAGGAAGCCCUAAGUUUGACAGGAGACACCGACGACUUUUCAACGAUGAGAAACCUGGAGAGAUCAUUGAGCGACUUGAGAACGUCGGUGGCUGUGGUGCAGCAGUUGACAACGAUAGAAAAGCCUGGCGAGCAAAUUCUAGACGUGGAGAACGCGUCGGCGUUGCAGGCGUUUGGCAAAGCAGUGGAAGAGUUCAAGAGGCAGUGCUCUCUGAUCGUCACGAAGCCAAGAGUCAUCGCUACGAUCGUGGGAACGUCAGAAGAACCAAAGGAACACGAAGCUCGAGCCUCGGGAACGAUUCUCGUCCCAUCGAGAUUGUUGCAAGAGUCAAUCUCGACCAUAGAAGAGAUCAAGCUCCAAGAAGCCGAGACGUUGGAAACGUCUGACACGAGGAAACCCGUGACGCUGCUGAGCGAGUUGAUACCGCCGUUGCAAAGACUGGAGCAGUCGUUCGUCGCCGCGAUUCAAGGGGAACACAUGACGGAACACGCUGCAGAGAGUUUAGAUGCCGACGAGAGAGUGUCGUUCGAGAAAGCAACUUUGACACCGAUACUCGACGAGUUCCAAAGGUCGAUCGCAACGAUUCAAGAGCACGUGACGAUGGAAGGCGACGUGGGAAGUUUGUCAGAAGCCGAGGACGCAGCGUCUCAGUUGAAAACAAUGGCGCAGACGUUGACAGAGUUGAAGACCUCCGUCGCUGCCAUUCGACAGAUCACUGAAUCUACCGCGGAGUUUGCGAACGAUCUGUCGCAGACUGAGAGCGUCGCAGCGUUCGAAACGUUUGCGAUGACUCUUCGCGAUUUGGUGGAACGCGUGGCCACAAUCGAUCAUCAACAGGUGAUUGUAGAACCAGCAGCGGAUACCAUUUCGGAGGACGCGUCUUCUUUGAAGACUUGGGCCGAUGUCGUGGAGGGAGCAACCGUUCAAGUCACGGAACCGAUGAUCGUCGACCAGGGUGUCGUAGAAUCGCCUUCGGAAAUGGUUCUUUCGAUAUCUGAGGAGGAAACGCAAGCUCUGAAGAGCUUGGCCAGACCUUUGAACGAGCUGAAGGAGUGUCUAGCGGUAGUCGUCGAAGAAAGGAGAUCAAUGGACGCGAACGAAGUUACCUUGACAAUGUCCGAGAAUGAGGAUGCUUCUUUGUUGAAGACGAUGGCUCGAUCUCUGUUGGAACUGAAGAACGCAGCUGUGUCUGUUAUUCAGGAGCAAACAGCCGUCGAAUCGGCGAAAGAGAAGUCGUUCGAAGCCGUAGAGAAGCCGGAGACUACGUUGAAUCCAUUGAUUGUACCGUUAGAAGAACUCUGCAACUCGAUUGCCUUGAUCGAGGAUCGUAUGCUGGUCGAGUCGGUGGACGAUCGAUCGAUAGACGAGAUUUCAUUGCUGUCCGCUCUAGCCGAGCCUUUGAUCACGCUUCACAGAAGCAUCUCCGUGCUUGAAGAGCGAGUGAUGUCACCUGAAGCGGAAGCAAUGCCAGAAGAAUCGAGCAGCUGGAUCACUGAGUGUUUGGCUGUCCCUUUGGAAGAGAUAGAACAAUCUAUCGCUGUGAUACGCGAGUGCGUUGUGAUGGAACACGAGCCCGGAGCUGGCGAAGAGGUGAGGAUCGACACGCCAGAUUGGUCAGUGGUAGAGAGACUGAUGCAACCUGUGGAGGUCAUAAGAUCGACGAUCGUUCGAAUGGAGGAAAAUAUCACGAAAGAUGAGAAAGCAGAGGAGGAAAGUGAGUACGAGGUUGUGAAAACACUGGUGCAGCCGUUGGCUGAGGUUCAAGAGAGCUUCCUGGUGCUGAAGAACAAGACUGACAUGAGUAUAGAAGAGGAGGAGGCUAGCAUCGACGCAAUUGUAGACUCGUUGUCUAAUCUUGAGAAGAGCAUAUCAUUCAUCGAAGAACAGGCUGCUGAAAAAUUGCGGAGAGUUCCGAGUGGAGAGGAAACUGUAAUUGGAGCCUUAGCCGAGCCUCUGACGCAAUUGAAAGAGAAGAUUAUGACAGUGGAAGAGUCCUCGACCGUGUACCUUGAAAAUUUGGAAAGGCCAUUGAAGAGAUUGCAAACUGCGUUGGAAACAAUAUUAUCUGGCGAAAGUCAAAGUGUGGAGAAACGAAAGAAAGAGAGCGCCGUUUCCGUUGAAGAAGCCACGAGAAUAUCGAUGAAACUGAUUAAUUCUAUCAGAGAAGUGAAUGACUCUAUCGAGUCGAUUGAUAAUAAGAUAGAAAGCUACAAGGGACUGCUAGGACUGGAGAUUCAGAUCGAGAAGGAAGCUCUGAAGACGUUGGCCAAGCCUCUUGAACAACUUAAGCAGGGAAUUCAGAGUUUGUUGGACAGACAGGAGAUUGGAGAUGAGAUUGUGGUUUCGCUGAAGAAGCUUCGAAAGGCGAUUGCGAUUGUCAGAGAGCAAUCUGCUGACAAACCUCUAGCUGAACCAUCGCAUUUGGAGAUUACGGAGAUUUUUGGAGUAUUAAGAACUUUGAAUGUAUGUUUGAACGAGUUGGAAGCUUCUACUGAAAAGGUUGAAACAUUGUGGAAGGAGAAUUUGAGCGGAGAAGGACUUGUAGAAUUGGAAACUCCUGUUUCGAAUUUGACGAACGAUAUAAGUUUGCUUCGGGACAAAUUGUUGAAUGUACAGAUAGUGUGGGAGACGGAUGAAGAGAAGAAGAAGAUUAAAGAGAAGAAGAAGAAAAAAGAACUUGAGAAAGAGGAAAAAACGAUAGAUACGGAGGAGGAGGAACGUAGGAAAAAGGAGGAAGCUGAGAAACAGAGGGAAGAAGAAGAAAGAAGGAAGAAGGAAGAGGAAAAAUUGAAACAAGUGGAGGAGAAAAAGAAAAACGAAGAGGCUGAGAAAUUGCGGCAGAAGGAAGAAGAACGUAAGGAGAAAGAGGAAGCUGAGAAAUUAAAACAGGAAGAGGAGCGUAAGAAAAAAGAGGAAGCUGAAAAAUUGAAGCAAGAAGAGGAGCUUAAGAAGAAAGAGGCAGAGAGGUUGAAGCAGCAGGAAGAAAAACGCAAGAAGGAAGAAGAAGCUGAGAAACUAAGGCAGGAAGAGGAACAGCGAGAAAAGGAGAAGGCUGAGAAGAGAAAGCAAGAGGAAGAGGCACGUAGGAAAAGAGUGGAAGAAGAACAAAAGAUCGAGUCGGAGGCACUGAAACAGAGGGAAGAGAAAUUGCGAAAGAAGAAGGAGGAGCGAAGAUUGCAACAGGAGGAGGACGAGCGUAGGGAACGGGAGGAGGCGGAAAAGCGAAAGAAAGAGCAAGAGCAGAGGAAACGCGAGCGGGAGGAGCGCGCGAAGAAAGAGGAAGAGGAAAGAGUCAAACGUGAAGAGGAGGAACGUAGGAAGAAAGAGGAGAGAGCCAAAUUGAAGAAAGAGGAAGAAGAACGGAGGAAAGUCGAGGAAGCGGAAAGAUUGAAGAGAGAUCAGGAACGAGACGAGCAGAGACGGGAGGAAGCUAGGAGACGAAGGGAAGAGCAAGAGAAACAGAUAAGAGACGUGACAGAGAAAGUGAGGAAAGCUGAGGAAGUACGUCUGAGGAAGGAAGACGAGACGCGUGAAAAUAGAAGACUGGAACGCGAACGAAGAAGGCAGGAAGAGGUGGCAAAGUUACACAAGGAAGAGGAAGAAAGACUUCAAAGAGAAGAGGAACGCAGACAAAAGAGGAAAGAAACGGAGAGACAGUGGAAAGAGGACGAAGAGGCUCUUAGAAGAAGGGAGACCGAACGUUUGGAAAGAAGACGCGCAGAAGAUCGUCAGAAUAGAGAAGAGUCUGACCGUUUGAAGCGAGAAGACGAGGAAAGGAGACGCAGAAGAGAGACCGAGAGACAAUUAAGAAGAGAAGAGGCAGCACGAGAGAUAAAGGAAGAGGAGGAACGUUUAAGAAGACGACACGAGGAAGAAACGUCCAGACUUAGGAAACGAAGACAGGAACAACUGAGGGACGACACUUGGUCGAAGAUGAGACAGGGCGAGGCGGAACAGUUGUUCAAGAAAAUAACGGACGACGCGCUACGAAUUGAAAAAAUGAAAGCUGGCUCUUCGGACGUGGAAUUUUGGCGGGACAGGCGAGACAAAUCUUGCCGAUACGACUCUGGUUUCGAUUCGGGGCUUUCCAGCACGUCUAGAUCGUACAGUUGGAGAGAUUCUCUCACUUCUCUGACCAGAAAGAGAAUCGACGACUUUCUGGAUUACAAGUUGAGGGAUACUUCGAUCGACAGAUACUACCACGACACCGGGACGUAUUACAGAAGAAGGAAAAAGAGAGACGAUCAUAUCACUCGAGCAAGAUCUAUCAGUUUGUUGAAGUACGACGACUAUUCGACGGGGGACAGCGACACGACUAUUACGCCUACUGCUGUUAGCAAACCACCGAGAUAUAGCAGCAGGCUAAAGACGAAUUUGCGAACUGAUUUUGAGGAUCGUGGCUCGAAUUUGUCGCUAUAUCUGCCAUCAAUUAAAGACGAGCUCACACCGCGCGACAAGGGAAAGAAGCCAUCGUUCUGCACCAGAUUGACAAAUAGAACCGUGGGGGUUGGUAUGAGGACGAGAUUAACCUGCACUGUGCUUGGACACCCAGAACCGAGGGUUUACUGGACGAAAGAUGGCGAGAGGCUCGACGUAACUACGAACAAAUGCAAAACUCGUUUCGAUAAUGGUAUGGCUUAUUUUGAAUUGCACGAAGCACUCCCCGAAGAUUCCGGAUUGUAUACCUGUGUUGCCGAGAAUGUUCACGGAAUCGCGACCACAGAAUCCACAUUAAAAGUUUACCCCGAUUUCCAACCAGCAUUGUCACCCCCUACUUUCACAAGAUCUAUCAAAGACACUUAUCGACCAUCUGACAACGAGCUGAUCCUGGAAUGUCGAGUUCGUGGCCAUCCAAUACCAAUUAUCUCCUGGUUGAAAGACGGUUGCAUUCUUCAAGGCGAUCGUUACAAGCAGUGUUACCUGGACGAUGGCAUUUAUCGGUUGGAAAUUGCUGCACCCAAUUCUUCAGACAGUGGCCGAUACAUCUGCAGAGCUAUGAACGACCUACGAACUGAAGAGAUAUCGCAUAUUGUUCAGUUCAAUGAACGAGAACGACGAAUUGUGAGGAAGCACGAGAAAACGUUCGACGACUACUUCAACAUCGAAUCUUACAAGAGACCGCGAUUCUCCAACUAUUUAAGCGACCACAGCGUUCCCACUGGUGGCACCAUUGCCUUGCAAGUCGAAGUUAAAGGUGUUCCGGCACCGGAAGUAAGAUGGUUCCGUGGCGAAAGACGAGAGCCAGUCUCGAUCCCAAAGGCGAAAACGUUCACAGAAUCCGAUGUUCACACCUUGGUUCUACCAGAAGUUACUGAAUCAGAAAGGGGCACGUACAUUUGUAGAGCUAUCAACGCUUAUGGUCACGUAGACAGUAUUGCUACUGUCGACGUAAUAUCGCCUAGCGCGAUCGAUGGUGGAAAACCAGCAAUGUUCGUUUCAAGACCCUCGGAAAAAUCGAUCACAGUCACCGCUGGCGAAGAUGUCAGUGUUUCCUUUAGAUUCUGUGGUGUUCCUAAACCUCGUGUUACGUGGAUGAAAGGAUUGAGGGACAUCACGGACGGUCCUCGAUCUCAUAAAGAAACCAUCGACGAUUACGUGAGGCUAACAUUGAAGAGAGUGGUACCUUCGGACGAAGGCACGUACUGCAUUUUGCUCAAAAACAGACACGGUUGCGAUAGAAGUUUCUUCUCGAUCAAGGUGAAGCAGCGAGCUAGGUCUCUGACACCUGAAUGGAGCACUUUGAGCAACCGUACCGAGACCGGAAGUUACAUCGGCCUGUCCAGCGAGAGCCGCGACGAUGAUCUGCCCUACGUGAAAAAUGUUCCAGGGCCAAUUACGAGCGAGCCAGUGGUGGUCGAUGGAGGAAAGAACUGGUUGUCUUUGAGCUGGGGAAAAGCAGAGAGGAGAGGACCAGCACCUGUCAUCGCUUACAGAGUCGACGCUUGGUUGCUUGGCAGUGACGGUGGUGCACGAUGGGUCGAGCUGGGCAUGACACCAAUAAACGUGUUCGACGCGUUCAAUCUGAAACCUGGUGGCGAGUACAAGUUCCAAGUAACGCCACGGAACCGCUAUGGAUGGGGCGAGUCCGUCACUAUGACGAAUUCUGUCAAGGUCAACGAGACCGUCGACCUUCCAGAGUUCACGAAGAUACUUCCUGGUCAGCUCAAAGUCCUCGAGGGGGCCACGGUGAAACUAGAAUGCGAGAUUCGAGCUGAUUCGAAGGUGGACAUAAAAUGGUACUACGAAUCGAUAGAAAUCAAUCCGAACAGUGGCGCCAGAUUGUCGAUCUCUCACAGUGGAUCCAAGUGUUGCUUGACGAUUGAGAAUGUUCAGGAGAUCGAUAGUGGAAGAUACGUUUGCGAGGCGGGUAAUUCGGUUGGGAAAGUGUCGUCGUUUGCUAGAGUUCUGGUUGUCAACGACCCGAAAAUUAUCGAGGCUGAUGAGAAACUUAGAUCGAGAGCCCUGGGAGACGAAACAGAAGACAGACCACCGGAGUUCACAAUGAGACUUCGAGACAGAAGAGUCCAAGUAUCCUUCCCGGUGAGACUCACGUGUCAAGUGACAGGAAAUCCGGCUCCAGAAGUCACGUGGUAUAAGGAUGCCGACGAGAUUCGUCAAGAUGAGCGUCACGUAUUUUGGAACAACGAUUCCAACUUCUACACUCUGGAGAUUAUCCACUCGGUGCUGGAAGAUUCUGGCUGUUACAUGGUAAUGGCGAAGAACGCAAGUGGUUCGGUGUCUUGUCGAUGUAUCCUGGUGGUAGACAAAGGAAUUCGCGCUUACAUCGCUCCGGAAUUUCUCUGUGGCCUUGAUGCUGCGUACACCAUGAAAUUAGGCGAAGAUCUGCGAAUGACAGCUCAAAUAGAAGCGUAUCCCAGUGUUGGCAUUGUGUGGCAUCGCGAUGGAAUUCGUUUACGGCCGAGCAGAAGAACAGUGAUGACUUUGAACCACGAUGGUACCGUCCAGCUGUCCUUGGCCAAGGUCACCCAAAGGGAUGUCGGCGUUUAUUGUUGCACAGCUACGAACGAGGUUGGCUGUGCCGAGACUUCAACGAGAGUAUCCAUUAUUGGCACGCAAGACGAUGAGACGUUCGUCGAAGGAGUGCCAACUGUGACGAUUGCGCCUAUGCCAGACAUACCAUACUCGAGGGAACCACUUUUCGUCACGAAGCCACUGUCCACCGAGGCGAUUGAAGGCGAUACGGUCAUUAUAUCAUGCGAGGUGGUCGGUGAUCCUAAACCGGAAGUGAUGUGGCUGCGAGAUUUUCUCAGGCCUGAUUACUACAGGGACGCAGCCCACUUCCGGCUGGUCGGCGAAGGACCUCAGUACCGGCUGGAAAUACCGUACGCGAAACUCGACUUCACGGGAACGUAUUCCGUAAUAGCGCGGAACUGCCAUGGGGAGGCCAAAGCCGUGAUAUCUUUGCAGAUCUACGCGAAAGGUCAAGGCAAGGAGGAGAAAAUGAAGAAAUCAGGGGUCACGCACGGAAAGGUGCUGACUUUGCCGGUAAUCACGAGGGAACUGCGAGAUCUAAGAUGCUGCGACGGAGAUGCUGUUGCCCUUGAGUGCAAGGUACACGCCACUCCCGAGGAGCCAUUAGUGCGGUGGGAACGUGGAGGAAAGAUUCUCCAAAUGGGGGGCGAUUUCUCCGCUGAAUUCGACGGAGAGACCGCACGCCUGUGCAUCCAGCACGUAUAUCCGGAAGACGAGGGCGAGUACACAUGCGUGGCAUACAACGACCUUGGGAAAGCAUUCACGUCAGCGUGUCUAAUAGUGGAUGUGCCCGAAGGGAAAGAGAGUAUACUGAGCCAAAGAUUGACGAGGCCCGCAGGACUUCUGUCGGCAGGAUCUACACCAAGAUCGACGCCACGCUCGACACCGAUUAGGACUCUGUCUCCUGCAGUUUCACAUGGUCGAGAGUUAAGGUCUCCGCAGCUUCUCCCACGAAGCAGGUCGAUGUCGAGACGGCCAAAGAUCAGUCCACCGAAAUUUUACGCGGUGCCGCACAAUCGAGUGGUCGAGGAAGGGGAGACCGUGCGAUUCCAAUGCGCUGUGGUCGGCCAUCCGGCUCCGUGGGUGAAAUGGGACAAAAAUGGCAUAAUCGUCACGCCGACUGCGAGAAUUUCGAUAAAGGAAAGAGACGACGUGAAGAUACUGGAAAUCGUCGAGGUGACCCAGGAAGACGCCGGACUGUACAGAGUGAUCGUGGAGAACGAUUAUGGUCGCAUUGAGGCCAGUGCUCGCCUGGAAGUAAUAAAUCGUCAGUUACUUGGAUCGGUUGCCAGAACAAUCAGAACCAGAAGUGCAUCGCCUAGAACCUAUCCAUCAUUUAGCCGAAGUCUGUUAGACACGACUACCAGAAUAAACGGAAGAUUAUACCUCGAUUGUGGCAUCAGAGGAACUCCUAGUCCAACACCAACAUGGUUCAGAAAUGGACGGCCGUUGGAACGAUCGAUUCGAAUAAAAAGGUACUUCGACGGCAAAACUGCGAAAAUCGAAAUUUUGAAAGUGAAAGCGAGCGACGCGGGCGAGUACACCUGCGUGGCAACGAACGUCCUUGGUUCUACGAAGAAUUCUUGUCAGGUGACCGUUCUUGAUCCUUACAAUCCGUCUACGUGCGACAAGGAUCCACCGAAAUUUUUGCAGUCCCUUCCAGAGGAGUCGAUCGUCAUGGAAGGUCACUGUUAUGAACUUCAAACGAGACUCACGGGUACACCACCAUUUUCGGUGACUUGGUUAAAGGACGGUCGUGAGAUACCUGACAACAAUUACCAUAAAUACGUCGUAUAUGGCGAUGGUGGUAUCGCUUUGAGAUUGUCCAAUGUUUGUCCACAAGAUGCUGGCGAGUACACUUGCCUCGUUCGCAACAAUUUCGGAGAAGUAUCCAGCAAUGGCCUGUUUGCUGUUCAAGAUUACAAAGGCAUUCCGAAAUUGGCGCCACAGUUUACGAAAGCCCCAGUGUCGGUCAUCGCAUUCAAAGGCGAGACUGUCGGUUUCUGUGCUCGAGUACAAUGUGGAAAACCCAUGGAGAUCAUGUGGACGAUCAACGGAAAGGACGCCAGAGGAAAUUCAAGGUGCAAGAUUGAAAAAGACGAUAACGUUAGCAUUCUUAGGAUACACGAUGUACAGCCGCGAGAUACCGGUGAGAUUCGUUGCACUGCGUCUGUGAUUGGAAAGGGGCCGUCAAUCAGUUGCACAGCAGAAUUAAGACUAAGUCGGACAGUAGAAAAUUUCGAAGGCUCGACAUACCAUAACGCGUGCGAAAUUAAAAAUGAAAGACCACCGAAACCUCCUACUCGUAGCCGUAACAAUUCACUCAAAAGGGCAAGAGACGUGCCAUCUUCCCCACGGAAUGAACGAUGCGAGUUCCCUGCACGAACCAGAUCAUCCUCGUUACCUCUCCGAUCUACGCCGAGUCCCAAACAAUCUCCUACGCCAGCGAGGAAAAUUAAUCCUCCAAGUCCGUCGCUCGACGCCGGGAAAACACUGGCGACCAACAAAAGGAAAGACAUUCGUUCCAAAAAGUUUGAGCGCAAAGUUACUCAACGAGUGUGCCGACGGGGGAUUUCGUCGUCGUCGGAAGACGAGGAAGAGCCGAAGGAUACUUCCAGUGGAAAAUCUCCCGAAGUAUCGAAAUUAGUAGAGAACAAAGAGGAAGCUGUGCGCAGUUUGUCGGAGGUUUCUGACUUGCGUAAGACUGACAACGGUGCGAAACAAAUGCAGGAUGGUUACAAUAAGCACGAUGAUACGCCUAUAAUAUGCACGGAGAGCGCUCUGCAAGAGUUGGAAGAGGGUUCAGUCGCGGAGAAGAGCGAAGCGAUCGUGGCGAAAGAGGAGAAAGUUGCAAUUAGAUCGGAGGAAUUCGUGGCUGCUAGUAUUGUAAAGGUACCGGCUGACGUCACGGUUUUCCGUGGAAACAGAGUAGUCCUCAGGGUCACGUAUCGAGGCCAUCCGGAACCAAUCGUCAAGUGGCUUCGAGCGGGUCGAGAGUUGAGUGCAAACAAAAAGACUGCGAUCACCUAUGGCGGUGGAGUGUCUUGCUUGAUAUCGGACGAUGUGACUGCUGACAAUGCCGGAAAAUACGAGGUGUCCGUGGAAAAUAAACUGGGAAGAGAUCGACGGUGUUUCAGUGUCGCCGUCGAAGGUCCACCCGACCCGCCAGCAGGUAUUCCGAACGUAUGUUGUUCCACGGGGACAGCGACCAUCAACUGGCGGUCAUCUCCCUACGAUGGUGGUUGCACAGUAACCGGUUACACUGUGGAAAUGAACCGUGCCGGUGGAAACACUUGGAUGACGAUCGCAGAAUCCUGUCUCUCGCUGAGCCUCGCGAUACCAACCGUUGAAACAGAGACCGUGACACCUGGUGAGAGAUACCGUUUCCGUGUAAGAGCUGAAAACAUCCACGGGGUUAGCGAACCUGGACAGGAAUCUGAAUUCGUUCAAAUUCCGAAGGAAGGGGAAACGUGUCUGCAGAACGACGAGGAAGAAUUCGAGCCACCGUUCGAAGCUCGAAUCGUAGAAAUGGAGAAUGGACAAUUGUUUAACGAUCGAUACCAAGUAUUGGAGGAGUUGGGUAAAGGUCGAUACGGAACUGUAAGAAGGGUGGUCGAGAAGUCUUCAGGUACAAGUUUCGCGGCGAAAUUUGUCAGGACCAUCAAAACGAAGGAUCGAGAGCAAGUCCGAGAGGAAAUUCGAAUUAUGAACAUGUUGCGGCAUCCGAAACUGCUUCUUUUGGCAGCUGCUUUCGAAAGCCCUCGAGAAAUUGUGAUGGUUACCGAAUAUAUUUCUGGCGGCGAGCUUUUCGAGAGGGUGGUUGCCGACGAUUUCACCCUGACUGAAAGAGACAGCAUACUGUUCAUGAGACAAAUCUGCGAGGGUGUCGAAUAUAUGCAUCAGAACAAAGUGGUGCACUUGGAUCUGAAGCCCGAGAAUAUAAUGUGCAGAACACGAACUUCCCAUCAAAUAAAGCUCAUCGACUUCGGUCUAGCACAGACCCUCAAGCCAGACACGCCGAUCAGAGUACUUUUCGGCACGCCAGAAUUCAUUCCGCCAGAAAUAAUAAGUUACGAACCGAUCGGUACCGAGUCGGACAUGUGGAGCGUCGGUGUAAUCUGUUACGUCCUCUUAACCGGUUUGUCGCCAUUCAUGGGCGACAACGACGCCGAAACCUUCGCCAACAUUACUCGAGCCGAUUACGACCUGGAGGACGAAGCCUUCGAUGCAAUCUCGAACGACGCUAAAGACUUCAUCAGCGGCUUGCUUGUCAAACGAAAGGAAUCGCGAAUGUCGGCAAGACAGUGUUUGGAGCAUCCUUGGAUGGCACAGCACGCAGAAGCGAUGAGUAGGAUAGCUUUGCCGACAGAAAAAUUGAAGAAAUUCAUCGUACGAAGAAAGUGGCAGAAAACGGGAAAUGCCAUUCGUGCACUGGGAAGAAUGGCGAUCCUUUCAGCGAACAGCCGACGAAGUCCAACAACCACCGCGGAAUCAUCGCCAACCUCGGAUCCCUCGAGUUCCAUUGAAUCCCCGCGAACGAUCAAUUUCGACGUUUCAACGGACGAACGGAAUCGUGAGAAAUCGUGUGACGUUGAAAGUGCAAUUGAGAGCCCGAACGAGCCGGAUACUCGAGAUAGGAACUUGUACUCGUUCUGUUACAAGUCAGAGGUGAACCUCGUGCCAGAGGAAACGUUAGACCUGACUCGAGAGGAGGAGACGCGCAUAUCGUCGGACCUUGACGAGUCGUCAUUGAAAAAUGAACGGACGGUGGAUCACGCGGGAUCGUGUUCUCAGGGAACUGAAUCCGGAGGGAUUCAAGAAACUGAUACCUCGGAGAAUACUCAGGUCCAGAGUGAAGUUCAGUCGGAGCGAUUGCUUCCGAUGGAGAGGAUCGAGGAGGAAGAGACGGAGAUCGUGACGCGAUGUCAGUUCGAAGAGAGCAUCUCGAUAACCGAAGAGACUACGAUUUUGACGAGCGUCGAGGAGAAAAGUUCGAUCGAUUUCGACGAGGUCGUGACGAAAACGACGACUAGCGAUGAGAUGAAUUCCGAGGUGUUAAUAACUACGGAAUGCAAAGACUCGACGUGGAACGUCGAAGAGAAAACAGUCAGCGAUGAUUUGGUGAUAGAGAUGGAAAGGGAAUUGAAAGAGAAGACGGACCAAAAGUCCGGUGUCAACUCGCAGAAGUCGCGUCGUGUUUUCAGAGGCGAUUCGCGAGAUUCUGGGAUCGGAGACUGCAUCUCGAAUUUGUCCGCGUCCUCGCAGCAAGUGAACGAACUGGGUAUUUCGUCGAUCAAAGAAGAAGAAGCGGACAAUGAGAAUAACAAUGAUGAUAGAAACGUGUUGCAAACGGUGGAGCAAUUUGAAAAUCGGACAUCGCUCGAUGAAAUUAGCGAAAUGUCGAACGCAGAGGUUUCGGACCCAAAGAAACAUACCAAAGGAAGUAUCGAGGUAGCUACGCUGAGUGGUGUGACUAAAGCUUCGCGUGAAAUUAAUCGACAGCACGAAGUGUCUAGCGAAAUUGAGGACCCAAGGUUACUAAUCGGAAGAAUUCGUAGCAAGUUCGUUCCGACCGGAAACGUGAGUCGUACGGCUAAAUUAUUCGAGAAAGAGGCAGCAACGUCGAAAUCACCGACGAACGUUCCGCAAAUAUCACAACGCACGUAUCCUGCGGUUACUACGGCGGCGGGGAAACCUCACAAUGAAAGGAUACAAAAGGCUUUCGCCUUUUGGAACAAAUAGAGACCGUGCAUAUGAGACAUCAACGAUGACACUUGAAAAUAAAUCGCGUGAAACGAUACGUUUAAAAUCGUCUGACGACUGAAACUCUAUGCACCUGAAAGUCUUAUUUUCAUGUUCUCAAGUCACGAAUAGAAUUUGUAGUAAUAGGUAAGUUCUUUUUUUUUUUUUUAACGUACGUGUUAUUAAGUAACAUUUAUCUAAUGAUAUUAAUUAUCUGAUUCGUGAAAAU